UUUGGCGGUCUUCAGCCUGCUCUGUGUGGCGCCUUCUUUAGACCAGUUGGCUUUGUUUUCGGGUUUCCCCUCGUCCCUAUAUAAUGUUCGUGUUGAAUAAUGGGAGUUCUCUCCCCCCAUUGAAUCUUUUGACUAUGGCUACUGUAAUUGAGGCGAAUGGACCAGUUUACAAUGGACCUGGAGCCAGCAAACCUAGCUCCCCAUUUGUACUCUGUAAUCUUGAAUUAUCCCAGCGUGCUGCUGUAGAAAAAGCCAAAAAGUAUGCAAUGGAACAAAGUAUACGUUCAGUGCUUCUACGUCAAACUCAGUCUCAACAGUCCCUUCAGUUAAAUAAUAUAAAAAAGAAUCAAACUGUAGCACUUCUGAACCGGGUUUACGUUGGUUCCAUAGCAUAUGAUGUGAAAGAAGACAGUCUAAAGCAAGUGUUUUCACCGUUCGGUCCUAUUAAAUCUGUGAAUUUAAGUUGGGAUCCUUCUACACAAAAACAUAAAGGGUUUGCAUUUCUUGAGUUUGAAUACCCAGAAGCUGCACAGUUAGCUAUUGACCAGAUGAACGGUACUAGCUUUGGUGGAAGACAGUUGAAAGUUGGUAGACCGAGUAACCUAACAAACGCUGAACCUGUCAUAAAUGAGCUAGUUAAUGAGCACAAUCUUCAUAACCGCAUAUAUGUUGCUGGUAUACAUUUAGAUCUCACGGAAGACGAUGUUUCUUUAGUAUUUGAAGCUUUUGGGAAAAUAGUGUUCUGCAAGCUUCAACCCGAUCCUACUAGACCUUUGCGCCAUAGAGGUUUUGGUUACAUAGAAUAUGAAUCCACUCAGAGUGCAGCUGAUGCUGUUGGCAGUAUGAAUCAGUUCAAUCUUGGUGGACAGCUUUUGAGAGUAUGCAAAGCUAUCUCACCUCCAGACGGCAUUUCAAAUGCCAGUUCUUCUAAUCUCCCACCAGCAGCAGCAGUGGCUGCGGCUUCAGCCACUGCUAAAGUUCUAUCAAUGGAAACAGAGCAGCUCCCUGUUAAUUCUUAUUCUAAGCAACCCGAAGUGACUCAUUCUGUAGUACUCAAUACUCCGUCUUCUACAACAAUACAGCCUACCAACCUUACCAACAGCUCUUUACCUACAUGUUCUCCCGUGACAGUUUCAACGACUGGCCAGUCAACACUUGAUCAGCCUCCAUUAAGUGCGGAAUUUAAUGCAACAUUACAACAUGUGAAUAACUACAAUGAAAAUUCUAAUACUGUAGGAACUUGGCAACCUGAGGUACCUGAGCAAUAUUCACAUGCCCAGCCUUCUGUAUCUCCAAGUAGUUUUGCACCACAUUCCGCCUCCUCCGACCAAUCAAGCUUCUCAGGCGGCUAGAAAUUUUCGCUGGCUAGGAAUGUUUUUAAUUAUACUCUUGCUGUACUGGUCUUUGAAAACCCGAGAAUACGCUACUAAUCAAGUUCACUGGUAUCCUUAUUGUGAAAGGAUUCACACCCGCAAAUUGAUUUCAAGUAGAUAAUUAUGGGUUAUACUAGUUUUAUCACGUAACUAGUAAAUAUUUAAUGCAAAGCGAGAUUAUUUAGCGAGUUUUAUAUUUGAUUAACUCCUGAUAUUUCUAUUUACAGUGUCUUAAUUUUACGAAAUAUGGUCGGUCCAGAAGAUUGCGACGACGAACUAGAAGGAGAAGUAGCUGGAGAAUGUUCCAAGUAUGGGUCGGUUGAAAAAGUAUUAAUUCAUCAGAACAGUGGUCACGAGACGAAUGAAGAGUUUGUCAAUAUUUUUGUUGUAUUUUCUGAUCCGAGUUCCGUACACAAUGCUGCAAACGCAUUAAAUAAGCGUUACUUUGCUGGAAGACAAAUAACUGCUGAGCCAUAUGAUGUGAAAGCUUUCAUGAUGAAUGAUUUAUCUCGUUAAGUAUUUAGGUGUACUUUCUCUUCUAACAGCUUUUUUUGUAAAUAAUAAUUAUAGACAUGA